GUGGCAAACCGAGAACCAGCCUUGCCUUAGAAAAUUACUCGUCAGUCAGUCGGUGUGGAGUUGGUCGUCGCGUCGUGCAAAAGUGAGCAAGCGAAAAAAAAAGAAAAUGAAUCGAUUUGUGCAACUCGUGGUCGUGGCCACGUGGCUCGUUACGAUUGUCCACUCCGGGUUGAUCCUGCGGGACGUGAACGAUCUGGAGGAGGAGGAGGCGGAGUUGGGCGAGGACGAGAUCGACCUGUCCUCGGUGGGAACGGCCAUCUACGGCAAUCCGGACGAGGCCGUGGGGGCCCGGGUGGCCACCUACGAUCCGGAGACGGCCCUGGUGAACGUGGAGGAGCUGGGGUCGUACGCCGAGGGCGACAUGCUGAUUACGCGCCCCGCCGGACGGAACGGAAUGGCUGAUGUGAGCACGCGCUGGCCCGGCGGCCAGGUGCCGUUCGUGAUCAACGGGAACUUUCAGGCCAAAGACAUGCAGCUGAUCGAGGACGCGUUCAACGAGUACCACAGCAAGACGUGCGUCCGAUUCAAGCCGCGAAUGGGCGAAAAGGACUACAUCUCGAUCGAGAGCUCCCAGAGCGGCUGCUGGUCCAGCGUGGGCCGCAUCGGUGGCAAACAGGAAGUGAACCUGCAGAUGCCGGGCUGCACCACCAAGGUCGGCACGAUCGUGCACGAGUUGAUGCAUGCGCUUGGAUUCCUGCACGAGCAGAACCGAUCCGAACGGGACAACUGGGUGACGAUCAUGACGCAGAACAUCCAGCGGGGCACGGAGAACAACUUUGCCAAGGCGUCGGCCACAACGACGACGGCGUUCGGCGUGCAGUACGAUUACGGCAGCGUGAUGCACUACUCGACCAAUGCCUUCUCGGCGAACGGAAAGCCCACGAUCGUGGCCAAGAAAUCCGGCGGCAAUAAAAUGGGCCAACGGAACGGUUUCUCCAGCCUGGACGUGGCCAAGCUCAACGCCAUGUACGGGUGCAACAGUGCCAACAUUGGAACCGCUCCGGUUGCUUCCGCCGGAAAGCCUCAACGUCCUGCGCGACCCUCGCGCCCCUUCAAGAAACCCAACGGAGGUGGUCCCACCGGGGCCCAGGUCGUCGGCUUCAUCGGCAAUCUGAUCGGGGCCGCCUUCGGGGACAACGAAACAACGACGGAGGAGUAGCCAGUUUUUGCUUCGAAUUUACACGAUUCUCUCUACC